AUGGACUUCCUCGACGACGACGACGACGACGCCGACGACGAGGACCGGCCCGCGGCGCUCGCCGUCGGCCGCCGGGUCACGCGGAGCGCGUCGCGCGCCGCGGAGAAGGAGCGCGAGGCCGCGCUCGUCAAGCUCGCGUGCGAGGCGGUCGUCGACGUCGACGUGCGCGACCGCGUCGACCGGAUCCUCGGCGUCAUCGCGUCCUGCCGCGACGACGAGGGCCGGCCGGCCGCGGAGCGCGACUUCCGGCUGUCGGGGCCCUUCGUCUGCGUCGGCUGCGGCGCGUGCCGCCGGACGUGGUUCGUCUGCGAGUGCCCCGCGGGCACGCGCCGCCGGCGCGCGCCCCCGCCCGCCGUGCCCGCGGCCGCGCCCCGCGAGGUCGUCGCGUACUUCCCUUCGAGGUCGUACUUCGACGCGUACUUCCCCCCGAGGCCGCCCGUCGCGCCGCCGCACGACCUCGACGCCCAGCCGCUCCAGUACGGCGGCACGAUCCAGGAGGCGCCCGUCGCGGCCUUUGGCGCGGACGCGGUCUACGCGUACCUCGACGCGCACCUCGAAGCGACGCUCCGGGCGAACCUGCGCGUCAAGACGACGCGGGAGCACCGGGCCCAGGUCGCGCUCGCCCGCGCCGGCCCCGUGGCGCCGGCCGCGGCGUCGUUGCUCGCGCGCGACGCCCAGAGCCCGCAGCUCCAGCGCGACCUCGGUUUCGUCGCGGACGAGUUCCCGCGGUUCGUCUUCCCCGGCCCCUCGGAGCCCCACGUGCCCAGCGACGGCUACGCGUUCUACGCGGAGCUCGACGCUCGCGCGGCCGGCGACUACCCGGCACCCCACGCCGUCGUCCGGUUCCUCGACGGCGAGCGCGCGAAGCGCGACCGCCUCGCGACGCUGCCGGCGGCGCAGCCCGGCGAGCUCUGGGGCGUCGCCCUGCGCGUCGGCAGCGUCGGCGCCUGGGCGGCGCUCCGGUCCUGCUCCACGGGGCUCCGCGCCGCGUGCGACGCCUGCGCGCCAAAAGUCUUCGCCGCCGCGGCGCGCCACCGCUUCCCGGCCAUGGCGAAGCUCCUCGCCGCGUCGGGCCGCCGCGCGGACCACGUCGCCGUCUACCGGCGCCUCCACGAGGCCGACGCCCGGAGCCGGCCGCCCCGGGCCCUCCGGCCCGCGGUCACGUGGGACGACUUCGCGUUCACGGUAGAAUUAUUCAAGGGCGCGGACUGCGUCUGCUCGACGACGGCGAGCUUCCCCCGCGCGGGGCGGCAGCAGACCUUCGGCACGUCGCUCGUGACGCCGCCCGUGCCGCGGCCGGACCGCGACGACGCGCUCGCCUUCGACGACGACGGCGACUUCGACGACGCGCUCGACGACAUGACGGUCCGCGUCUUCUGCCUCGACCGCCGUUCCGGCGACGCGGCGCUGCUCUACUCGUCGGGCUGCGUCGAGGACGUCGACGACGGCAUCAUCUUCUACGAGCUCCAGCCCGUGCCGGUCCGCACGAUCAUCCGAGGCUUCGCGCCCUUCGAGGGCGAGCCGUCGGACUCGCCCAGCGUCCAGGUCAUGUACGACACGACGGCGCGCGUCUUCUCGAUCAUGUUCCUCACGCUGGGCUACGACAUGGACGACAUGGCGCCCAACGAGGUGCUGCUGCUGCUCCAACUCUUCCUCGACUUCAACGCGCCCGUCGUGCCGCCGCCGCCGGCCGCCGCGGAGGCCGCGGAGGCGGCCGCGCCGCCGGUGGCCAUGGUCGACCCGCCGGACGUGCUAUCGCGCGCCGAAGCGCUGCGAACGCUCGGACUCCCGGUAGCAGGCUACGCGGCCUUCCGCGCCGGCGCCGCGCUGAGCGUCAUCAACCAGCCGCGCGUGCCCGAGAUCGAUGCGCCCGUCGGCUGCAAAUUCGCGCGCAUCGGCGACGCGGGACGGUCGUGCCGCGCGAAGAUCUUCUACCCCGCGGCCGCCGGCGCGACGGGCGAGGACGCCGCGUACUGCGCCGACGGCCGCGCGACGUCCGACGGCAUGGCGGGCCUCGUCGGCUUCCGCCAGCUCGGCCUGUCGUUCCUGCUCGCGCACCUGGCCGACGCGCCGUCGGGCUGCGUUUUGGACGCGCCGCCGGCCGCCGGCAAGUUCCCGCUCCUCGUCUACAGCCACGGCUUCGGCGGGAACAUGGACAUGGGCUCCUACUUCCUCCGCACCGUCGCGGCGACCGGCGUCGUCGUCGCGGCCUUGGAGCACACGGACGGCACGGCGUCGCGCACGGAGCUCGCGGACGGCAGCGAGCUCCUCUUCUCGCCGCGGAUGCUCGCGAGCGGCGCGCAGCUCCAGCGGCGGUCCGACGAGCUCGCCGCCGGCGUGGGCGCGGUCCCGGGUUUGGCGGGCCUGCCGAAGAUCUCCGGCGCCUUCGUCGGCGGCCACUCCUACGGCGGCCCCUCGGCGCUCCUGGCCGCCGAGGCGCUCGGCGACGCGCUGCGACGGCCUUGGGCCUUCCACGGAAACUUCGUCGACGCGCCGCUCUGGGCGCCGCCCUGGGUCAUGCGGCCGCUGUCGUCCGUGAUCCCCGCCGCGGGGCCCGCGGACCCGGUGAUGUCGCUCCCAACCACGACGUCCGCGGCGCCGUCGAAGGCCGCGCCCCAGGACAGCGGCGCGACGGUCACGUUCUCCGUCGCGAAGAGGUCGGCGUUCGCCGCGACGUUCUUCGCCGCGAUGCGCCGGAGCGCGUCGCUGCCGCCCUCGGCGCACUCGACGCGCGCGCGCGCCGCGAAGUCGGGCCGCGCCAUGCGGAAGGUCAGGCUGAAGCGCGUCGCGCCCGCGGCGGCGUGGGGCCGCACGUCCGCGGUCUUGACGACGGCGUGCUGCCACGACUCCUGGCAGUCCUGCCGCAUGACGACGAGCGAGUUGUGCGGCGCCGGGAUGGACACGACCGUCGCGCCGUCCGCGGAGCGGAGCCGGAACGUCCAGGGACCGCCGCUCGAGGACAAAAACCCAGUGAUGGAGUCCAUGGACGACGACGCGUUCUGGGACCAGGUCGAGCGCGACGACGGCGGCGCCGACGGCGGCGACUCCGACGACGGCGACGCCGGCCCGAGCGUCAAGCUCGAGCUCGCGGGCAUCACCGUGGCCUGGCUGCUGAAGCAGGGCGGCACGUGGCACGAGGGCAUCCUGCUCGACGAGGCGCGGUCGCGCGGGGUGUUUGUCAUGGUGGACCCGAAGGGCGGCGGCGUCCGCGCGGGCGAGCGGCUCGUGCGCGCGCCGCUCGCCGCGACGCUGUCGAGCGCCGCCGCCGCGGACGACGCGGACGUGCGGCGCGUGACGGGCGGCGGCCGCGCCGAGGCCUUUGGGUUGUUGCUAUUACUGACAUUGAAGAAGCUCAAGGAGGCGGAGAAGACGCCCUACGUCGCGUUCCUCGAAAGCUGCUGCGACGGCGACUUCCUGCGGCCGCCGGACGUCGGCGCGGGCCCGCUGAAGGACCACCUCUGGGCCGUCGUCGACGACCAGGACCGGGUCUUCGACGCGGCGGCGCGGCCGCUGCUGCAGGCCGACGCGUGCUUCGCGGACGUCGACGCGACCGCGUACGCGUGCGCGCGGAAAUUGAUCGAGACGCGCGCGUUCCAGCUCAACGGGUCGGCGUCGACGCGCGAGGACGCGGUGCAGGCGCUCGUGCCCGGCUGCGACUUCUUCAACUACGCGUCGCCGUCGCCGACGCGGCUCGUGGUCGACGACGGCUACGUUUCUAUCGUAGCGACGGCGAACCUCCACCCGGACCACGGCGAGGUGUUCUGGGACUACGCGUCCGUCAACGGGAGCCCGCUGGUGUUGCUGUCCCAGUACGGGUUCCUGCCGGACGCGCUCGACGGGCCGCGCGCGCGCCACGUCGUGCCCUUGAAAGCAUCCGGCGCCGUCGGCGAGCUCCUCGACGGCGCGUGCGUCGCGCCGGACGUCGACGGCGCCGACGACGGCCCCCUGCGGCGGCGCCGCGCGGCGUCCGUGAAAUUCUGCCGGGACCUCGAGGCGACGCCCAUCGCGCGCGCCGCGCCGAAACCGCCGUCGGCCGUGGUCUGGUGGGUCGACGUCGACGCGCCGGACGAGUCGCCGUUGCUCCUGGCGCUGCGCGCGGCGCUCGCGGCGCCCGACGAGCUGCGGAAUAGGGACCGGACCGUCGCGGACUGGAUCCGGCCCCUCGAAUCGAACGAGGCCGGCGCGCGCGCCGCGUUCCGGGACGCGGCCAAGGCCGUCUUCGACGGCCACUGGCGCGCGGAGGCCGCGCCGACGCGCGUCGGCCGCGCGGCCCGCGACUACCAGAUCGCCCACCUCUCCCGGCUCAUGGCGCGGCUGGACGAGUAA